ACAAUAUGAUUUUGGGUUUCAUUAAAAAAGGCUGAAUAGUUUUCAAAGGGUUUCAUUAAAAAAGGCUGAAUAGUUUUCAAAGUAGGACGCUUGUUUCUCUGAAUCCAUUUCUCUAAAGGCUUUGAUUUGCAGCUUUUCUGUUGAAGAAAGCAAGAAAUACAAUAUGCAGAUAUUCGUAAAGACUUUGACCGGCAAAACCAUCACUCUGGAGGUAGAAAGCUCUGAUACCAUCGACAAUGUGAAGGCGAAGAUCCAGGACAAGGAGGGAAUCCCUCCCGAUCAGCAGCGCCUCAUCUUCGCCGGCAAGCAGUUGGAGGACGGCCGUACGCUUGCUGAUUACAACAUCCAAAAGGAGUCCACACUUCACCUGGUUCUCCGUCUCAGGGGAGGAAUGCAAAUCUUUGUCAAAACCCUAACGGGCAAAACUAUCACCCUGGAGGUGGAGAGUUCAGACACCAUUGACAAUGUGAAGGCCAAAAUCCAAGACAAGGAAGGAAUUCCCCCAGAUCAGCAGCGCUUGAUCUUUGCAGGCAAACAGCUGGAGGACGGCAGGACCCUUGCCGACUACAACAUCCAGAAGGAAUCCACCCUUCACCUGGUUCUUCGUCUGAGGGGAGGAAUGCAGAUAUUUGUGAAGACAUUGACAGGCAAGACAAUCACUCUAGAGGUGGAGAGUUCUGACACCAUCGACAAUGUUAAGGCUAAAAUUCAGGACAAGGAGGGCAUUCCCCCAGAUCAGCAGCGCCUGAUCUUCGCUGGUAAACAGCUGGAAGACGGCAGAACCCUAGCUGACUACAAUAUCCAGAAGGAAUCCACCCUUCAUCUUGUGUUGCGCCUGCGUGGUGGAAUGCAGAUCUUUGUCAAAACCCUCACCGGCAAAACCAUUACUUUGGAAGUAGAGAGCUCCGACACGAUUGACAAUGUGAAGGCGAAGAUCCAAGACAAGGAGGGCAUUCCUCCCGAUCAACAGCGCCUCAUCUUCGCUGGGAAGCAGCUCGAGGAUGGCCGAACCCUUGCUGAUUACAACAUACAGAAGGAAUCCACCCUUCACCUCGUCCUGCGCCUGCGAGGAGGGUUUUAAUCCUAUAUUUCUGUUGAACUCGGACCUCUGAUAUAUGUAUUCGACCUUUUUCAUCAAAUAAAUAAAUCUCUAUUCCGUUAGUGUGCAA